AUGGUGGAAGAGGCGGAGACACCGCUCAGCUUCACAAUCUACUCGGGCAACCGGUGCUUCCUGGUAGCCGCACCCUCAGAGUGGCAGCGAGACCGCUGGCUGGAGGACAUCUCGCGAGCCAUCCUC